AUGGGAGAUAGAAUAUCCCAAUUGUCAAUAACUGUACUUCACCACAUACUAUGUUCCCUCUCCCAGAAAGAAGCUGUGAGAACAUGUCUACUCUCCAAACAAUGGCGCCGCAUAGGAUUAACCCGCCCCAACCUUAAGUUUUCCGAAAAAUGGUUCAACAACACACGACAACAUGUUGUCUGCAUCGUCGACCGAACCCUACAAGGAUACUUUGACAAGAACCUCUCCAUACACAAACUCCAACUCUACUUAUCGAGCCCCGACCCACCAUGGGUCAGCUCCCUUCUCGACAAAUGGAUCCCGAUGAUACCCGCCCUAAACAUAAAAGUGUUCAAACUUAACUUCUUUCAAAUAGUCAACUGA